AUGUCGCCGAGGCAGACGCCCGCGUGCCCCCUGCGUCUCUUACUGCCGCCGCUCCUGCUGCUCGGAGCGGGGCAGCCAGGCUCCGCGGCGCGGCCGCUGCUCGUGUUCCUGAUCGACGGCUUCCGCUACGACUACAUGGAUGACCUGCACAUGCUGCCCGGAUUUCGCGAGCUUGUGGGCACUGGGGUUAAGGUGGACUACAUGACGCCGGACUUCCCCAGUUUAUCGUACCCUAAUUACUACACCUUAAUGACAGGCCGUCACUGUGAUGUUCAUCAGAUGACUGGAAACUACAUGUGGGAUGCAGCCUCCAAGAAGGAGUUUCUGAUUGGGACCAACCCUGACAGCCGGUUGCCUCUUUGGUGGGAUGGAUCAGAGCCGUUAUGGGUCACCCUGCAAAAGCUGGGAAAGAAUGUCUUCAUGUACUACUGGCCUGGCUGUGAGGUGGAAAUUCUGGGUGUCCGUCCAUCAUUCUGUGAGGAAUACGUCUACAACCCAUCAGAAAAAAACCUCACAGACUCCAUAGUGAAUGCUCUGAAUGUUCUAAGGUCAGGACAAGCUGGCAUGGCAGCAAUAUAUUAUGAGAAAAUAGACGUGGAGGGCCAUCACUUCGGUCCAGACUCUCAUCAGGUCAGAUCAGCUGUGCGACAACUGGAUCUUGCCAUGCAGACACUCAACAGCAAAAUCAAAGAGAAGAACAUGGUGAACCAGCUGAACAUUGUACUUUUUUCAGACCAUGGUAUGACGAAGAUCCAGUGGAUGGAGAAAGUCAUUGAGCUGGACAAGUAUAUCAACAUGUCAGACAUUUUGAAGAUGAUGGACAGAGGACCAGUUGUCAGUCUGUGGCCCAAAGAUAACAAGUAUCAAGAGGUGUAUGCUGAGUUGUCCCAGGUCCCUAACAUGAAUGUCUAUGCUAGACAAGAGAUCCCUGAACGUUUCCAUUUCAAAGGAGGGAAGUUUGUUUCUCCCCUGACGCUGGUGGCUGAGCCAGGCUGGUUUAUCGCUGAGAACAAGGCAAGGCUCCCAUACUGGAAAAAUGACUCUGGAGAACCCUCAGCAUGGCAAAAUGGCUGGCAUGGUUACGACAAUGAGUUCCUUGACAUGAGAGGUUUUUUCUUGGCAACAGGACCUGAUUUCAAGCGAAAUGUUCGGGCGGCUCCAAUUCGAGCGGUAGAUGUCUAUAACGUGAUGUGCUGGACGUUGGGAGUGGAGCCAUUGCCAAAUAAUGGGUCCUGGUCUCGGGUAGAGUACCUCCUGAAUGGCUCUGAUGGUCCAUUCCAGCCCACAACCCUCUGGACUUGCUGUUUGAUUUUGUUAGGAGUACUGCUGAAACUGUGGGACUAAAAUAUUUAACAGUUCUCUGUUUGUGACAUGUAAUUGUCACAAAAAAAUGAUCUGCCAGAAGGAGUUUGAACACUGAACCCUGCAGAGGUCAAAGCACCUGAAAGGAAGGGAAGAGAAAUACAACAGGUUGAAAAAAGUUACCUUGAAAUGAUUCGAGCACUCUAAGGACCAAGAACUUGAAGCCUUAAAAGACCUGGAGAGUGUGCCAGGACCUCAUCACAACUUCCUAAAUGGACCAGGAAAAAAGAUCAUCCUACAUGCCCAUAACACCUUACGAAGGACUUCCAUUCUGAUCCUUAAGAGCCCUAAACUCACUUUUUCUCCUCCUUCUCCAGCUCUCCAUGUCUGAUCAAAAUGUGCUGAUGUCUGAGGUGGUACAUUUUUUAAAAAUCCAUCAAAAAAUAUAACAAAUUGUUAAUUUUUACAUUCAUUAUUUAUCAAUUAUUGGAAACACUGAUCUCCAUAUCUAAAUAGCAAAAUCAACAUUUUUGCAUUUUUCCAUUCCUCUUAAUAUUUCCACAUUACGUAGUUCUGUCCAGGGAACUAUCAACAAAAUUAUACGGAAAAUAAAUAAACAUUUCUGAUUUCUGGGUGUUUGUAAUCUUGGAGCUGUUCAAUGUAAACGUUGCCAUUUUUGUUUCAAGAUCUAAUUUUCUCAGUUGUUUUGGAAAUCACAGAAGAACACUAUUAAAUUGCUAAACUUCAUACAGUAAAGGAUGCUGAUGUUGCCUUAUUUUGAGACGUGCAAAACUAGAAUGGAUAGAUGUAAGGUCAAAUUUUUAAGUUUGUUAAAAAGCAAAUACAUGUUGAUGUUUUGAAACCCUAAACUUUUCUUUCUUUUUUAUGCCUGAGCUCUUUUAAAAUCUUGCGAGGUCAGUCUGUGUGAUGGAUAAGUAUAACUAAAGAUGCUUAUUUCGAUCUGGUCUUUAAUUCAGCAAUUGCUGUCCCUGUGUUAGAUCUGGAAAAUCCUGUAUGACACACACUGUGUGAA